AUGGCCACUGAGGCCAAAGCAAUUCGCCGCUAUCAUGCGGGCGUCGAGAGAGCGCUGGGCUUAUGGGAUGCCACGAAUGAAUGGGCCGACUAUAUUGCCUUUCUGAGUCGGUUGGCCAAGGCUCUGCAAGCAUCUCCCCAAGAUGCAGAAGUUCCAUUCAAGUCGGCUCUGGCCAAGUAUCUGGCACUCUGUUUGAAGCCAUCUCUGCCCUCGGGCGUGCACCAGAAAGCGCUGGAGGUCUACAAUCUCAUCUUUACUCUGCUUGGGAAAGACGGACUGUCUCGAGACCUACCCAUUUGGUUUCCCGGAGUAUCUCACACCCUUACAUUUGCCACACUAACAACGAGGCCUCUGUUCCUCUCACUCUACGAUGAUCAUCUCCUGCAAUUGUCCAGUCAUGCGCUGAGGCCCGCGUUAAGGGCCAUCAUCUUGUCUCUGCUCCCAGGAAUUGAAGAGGAGAAUAGUGAAGACUUUGACCGGACCCUGAGCACAGUGAACCGCCUGCGACAAAUCUUUGCGGACGACGGCAAUGAGGAAUUCUUCUGGCAAAGCCUGUUUCUGGCCUCCAUUACAAGCACAUCCAAGCGUCCGGGUGCAUUGGUCUACUUGACGCGGCAGCUCCCUAAAUUAGGCCCGGUGGCCAGUCAUUUGCCUGGAAACGUCAAUAAAGCCGGGGAAGCAGCUGAAGCACUGCAAGAGGCCAUCAAAGCCGUGACAACUCCUGAGCCUGGUUUGCUCGUUCGAUGCUUUGCCACGGGACUCCAAGACGAACAGCCCCUGGUACAGCGCGGUUUUCUCGAUCUCUUAGUGUCCCACCUGCCUCUGAAUGCUCCAAUGCUCCAAUCUCUCGUCGUCCCUACAGAUUUAGACAUCCUUGUCAUGUCCGCCAUGUCGGUCGUACUCAGGAGGGACAUGAGUCUCAACCGCCGCCUGUGGACCUGGUUUAUUGGCAGAGAGGAUAAGCGAGAGGGAUCCACAGACAUGGUUCCUGGCGCAUUUAUCGAGGCCUCGAUGCCCACGACUCCAAAAACCAAGGACAGGGUACAUGCGAGGCAUGAUUACUUUGCUGCUUACGGUCUUAAGCCAGUAAUCCGAUCUCUAGAGAAAAUGCUUCACAGGGAAUCAUUGUCUCCCGCCGACAGAGCCCGUCCUUUCCGAAUCAUGCUUUCAUUGAUGGACCGUUCGAUCAUCGGAAAGCCGCCUGUCGAAGAACUGUUCGUACCAGCAAUGCGAGAUCUGCAGAAGUAUCAGACGGCUGCUCCAUCACAGUCGUCAUUUGACGAGGUGUUCCGAAGUGCCAACGUGUUCUUUGACGCGAUUGAGCCCCAACUGAUCACCAAUCAGCUCCUUCGACUUCUCAUGCAGGGGGAUUUGAAUCUUAUUGAAUUUAUCUUCUCAAAUUUCAAUCUGCAAGAGGAGGAAAUGACGACUAUUCAUUUGCCCAUGCUGUGCCUAGCAAUUUCGGAAAUGCUUCUUGAAAAGAUAGACUCUGAGCCGCACGAAGUCAAUGACCGAGAUGAUUCCCACCAAGCGCGAUUAUCAAGGCUCAUGGAUGCUCUACUGAGCUUAUUGCCACCUCAUCCGGGAGGCGCUUCUCCCGAUGCAUCUGCUCAAAUUUCGAAGCAAGGCUGGCUGAAGAAGCUCCAGACCCUUUACGAAGAGUCUUCUUAUGUGAAAAAGGCAAUUUUUGACUUGAUCCCUCCGACCUCCGCUGCUCAAAUUCUGCUUCGAAACAUUGCACUCAUCAUCUUGGACUGCCUGAACCACCCAUCCAGCAAGACAAUGAUUGGACUUCUCACCAAUAGUCUCAUCAAAGCUAUUGCCAGAACCAGCAACUUCCAGCCACUGCGUGAGCUAGGAUUCGGAGACCAAUUGUAUGGGUUACUGAAAAAUCCAGCAGCGGACAUUAAUGUCAGAUACGAAACUGUCAGAACAAUUGCAAGGAUUGUGGAUAGUUUGCAUGCAUUUGAUCCUAGCAGGGCAACUCUGACAGAGCCUUACCUUCUCCGGCUGAUACCAGAGCUGAUCGCGCAACUCUGGGAAGUUCUUCUACCCUCUACCCCACAAUUCCAUGUCGAAGCCGUGGAACAGAUUUGGAACCUUCGCAUGAUAUCGCGACAGCUCCUUCUCGUGGACAGUAAGAUAGCGGAUUUGAUGUGCCAACAAGAUCAGGAGGUGGCGUGUCUUGAAGACCAGCUGGCGCGAUUCUCGACCCUAUGGAUGCAUACACGCUUCCCGGAGGUCAAUGUCGAACUCUUCUCUUCCAAGCAUGGUGUCGAUGAAGACGAAGUGCCGUGGGCUCUGCUACGGCAGCCGAUCCUAAAUAUAAUUGACGGACUCGAUCCCUCCCUACCAGACGACCGGCGGCGGACGUGGUUGAACAAUCUUCCGUCAAUUCGGCCCAUCUUCAGAAUCAUCCACGUCGAGUCGACGAGUGCGUCGGAUGCUCAACUCUCAUUGCUCGCGUUGCAUAGACUUCGAAAAGUCUUGACUCUCGCGCGGCAGUCGAACAUGCAGCGGAGUGAGCUCUUCGGGCGCGAGGGUUUUUCGGAAGUGGUGCUAGACAUGUGCGUUGGGCACAUUGCAGAUGGGAAAGAGGGAGAAGAAAUAUUCACCACGACAUUGUCAAUUUUGCGCUUGAUUAUUGAAGAAACAGACGUUCGAGAACACCAUGCUCUGAUAACUUUGCUGUUGAAGCAACUAACUGAGAUACCCCAGGACAGCCCGUCACAGGAAGAAAUACUAGACCUGUUGCAGACAAUGUUCGCAAGACCCAACUUUGGCAGUCCACCCAAUGAACUCAUCCCGAUCUUGAUUGCUGGUAUCUCGUCCAAAGCUAUUGAUUCAACGAUCGACAAAUGGAUCACAUUACUGUGUAACACAAUCCCGUUGUACUCGACUCAAAAUCUGUUCGCCAACAUGCUCAAGCUGACAGCAUGCUUCUGCGAUCGGAUCAAAGAAUACUUUACGCUGAUGCAGCAGCUCUACGAAAGGCCGGCACCAACUGUCCGAGCCAAUGGAGAUAAAUCUAUCGCAGCGGUGAAGCAUCCAGAAAGAUCGGUCAAUAACCUACUUGCGGGACUCGAGUACAUAUUAGCAAGAGCGCACACACACCUUGUAGAGCACGCGUCGGGGGUCGAAGCAAAUGCCAACAGUUCGGAAAAAUCUCAGUCGCGCUCGAUCGCAAACCAUCGAUUGACCGUGAUUCUCUGCAUGCAGGACACGAUCAAGCUAUGCGGUGAGAUUUGGGCUUGGAGAAUGCUCAAAAGGCCAUCAAAUUCUGCUCCAGACAACAAAUCCUUUGCGUAUAUCUCCACCCGGCUGCGGACGAGAACCCGAAGGAUCCUGGAACAUCUUGCGGAUGCCGAACCGCAAGAAUGCCUUGAAACACUGAUGGGAAUGUGGGUUGAUGCGGCUCGUCGAGAUUCUCAGCAAGACAUCACUUUGAACUUGAUGCAAAGCCUCGACGGAGCGCGACCGAAAUUCAUGAUGCCGGCCACGUUCAAUGCGAUCUACAACCGAACGAACCCUUCGGCGCUGGAUCAGUCUCAGAAAUCAAGCUUAUCAGUGGACGUUAGUGCACUGGAGUUGAUGGCGUUUCUGAUAGCCUACACGACCGCGCUUGAGGACGACUUGCUCGAAGAGAUCUGGACCGAUUGCACUGCGUUCCUGCGGGAAAUUCUUGCAAACCCUAUGCCGCACCGUCAAAUCCUGCUUAAGCUUCUGGAAUUUGUGGCUGUUCUGUGCCAGAAGAUGGAAAACACCAAUUUUGGAGAAGUUCUAAAAAUGCGUCGAGAAUUGAGCGAUCUGUGUGCGAGACUGCUCACGGCCGUUUUUACGAUCAGGCCUGCUGGACUUGACUCAACUUCUCAGCCAUUGCCGGAUAAUCAGGCUCCACCGGGGACGACUGCCAUGCGGCGGAAGAGCGCGUUGCAAAUUGGCAAUGCCAUUGGGGUCUUACGUGAAGCUCUGCCUAUCAUCGGUAAUGCCCUUGGAGAUCAAGACAGGCUAAGUGUCACGCUUCCCGGCGUGGCCACCUAUGUUACCGGACCAGCUCUACGGUCCAAGCAGUUUCCUCAAACAGUGAACAUGGACAUUUUGCAACUUGUCCUUCUUAUGGCCAAAUCCCAACCGACCAACAAGGUCUGGAAGAAAGAUAUCCAGGAUGCCAUCAACGACAAUAAAUUCUUCCAGUCGGCCCCUUGGUUGGCUGAGACAGGAUGGCUUCCGGUAUUGAAGCAGCUUUGGCUUUCUGACAAAGGGUUGAUGUCUGAGUUCGUGUCCCGAUUGACGCCUCCAACGACGGCAGGGUUGAUGUUUGGCGUUGGAGCUGCUGCCGCCCGAACGGAAGCCGACAGGAAGACACAGCUCAACUUGCGGCGGAUUGCUCUGCUGCUGUUGGCCGGCGAAAUCGACGCUUUCGUGUCGGAUCUUGGCCAGAUCAUCAACAGACUCGAGGAACUAUUGACAGCCACACCAUCCUCGUCUCCAUCGUCUGGGACGCGCGGGGAUGUCUAUCUUGUUCUUCGCGCCGUGACAUUGGCCUUUACCCAGGUGCAUCUAGUCUCGAUAUGGCCGAUAGUGGAUGUGGAGCUCCGAGAACUCUUCACCAGCGUGCAGAAGGGAGGAGAACCGACCUUUACAAGCUAUGCACAAUUGCAGGGAGCCAAGUUGUUGGACCUACUCCUGCUUUUGAAGCCAGAGGAGUUCCAGCUGCACGAAUGGUUGUUUGUGACCGAUACGGUUGAUGCAGUGUAUCCUCCGCACGACUUCAAGUCAACCGCAAUCGCGGACCUGAUGGUCAGCAAGGGAAGCAAUGAGGCUGAGCUUCCUACGGCGUCGGAUACUGGAACCAGGAGGCCAUGGCUCUGCACAGACAUGACGCGAACCACCGAAGACGCCGUUACCCUUCUGCGGCCGUUCUUCCGGCAAUUGAGUAUUCAUGCUUUUGAAGACACGUACAGUCUUCAACCGCCGGAUCUUGGGGCGUGCAGGAAAGAUCUGGUGGCGGACUUGUUUGUGGACUGA